UGAUUGGGCAAGAGACCCCGUCACUCAGAUAGAAACUCCGUUACGGUUGGACAAGGCCAACGUCCGUCCCGUCGCGAGCGCUCUGGUUGGAACAUAUGGCGCGUGGGUGGAGCCGCGCGCCGCGGUCACUGAAGUACGGUGGGCGGAUCAUUGUGGUGACAGCGACGCGUGGAGACUCCCGACAAACUGUCUAAAACAGUCGACUAACGCCAUGGCGCAGUUGGACCUGAGUCUCAGUGAUGCGUUGAGCGACUGCGCGGCGCCCGGCCCAGAGCCUCGGGUGGAGCGGGACUUCGUGGCCCAGCUGGAGGCUGAGGCCUUCGACGACCAGAUCGGGGAGACUGUGGGCAAGACGGACUACAUCCCCCUGCUGGACGGCGACGGCACUGCACCAGACAUUGGAACUGCAUUGGCAAACGGAGAGAAGAAAGCUGAAGGGGCACAAAAGCCUGGGUCCAAGGUGACAGCCACGAUGCAGCCAGGCCUUCCAGAGCCCCACGGUGAAGUCCGGCCUCGCGUGGACCCCCCAGAUAUGGCCUCAGACCUUCUCUCAGCUUCCAUGCUUCAUUCUCCCGGCCCACAGCUGAUGGGCUUCAGUCCAAUGGGAGCCUCCUCAGGGUUCAUGGAGGUGGGCGUGUCCCCGCUCCCAACAGAGCGGCCCCCCAGCGUAGCCGAGCCUCAGCAGCACAGCCCCAUGCUCCCGGAGCCCCAGGCCCCCCGCGGGCCCCUGAACCUGGCCCCAGGUGCCUCCCCCCUGUGGUCGGACACGGCCCACUGCCCCCCCGCAGACCUCCCCUUCACCGACAGCGUCUCCACGGUGAUCAGUCGCCACGCCAACCAGCUGGCCUCGGACGCCCGCCCCCCCAGGGAGAGCGGGGGCGACGAGAAGGAGGCCGAGGCCUCGGACCGCAAGCAGCAGAAGAAGAAGAAGAAGAGGAGGCAGAAGGACGAGGGGUCCUGGGACCAGCCCGAGGCGACAGAGGCCCCGAGUGAGGGCCCCGCCCCCGCCGACGACCCCUACCAGCGGGUCGGGCCGCGGCGCGACAAGGGGGGUCCGGGAGUCGACGGGGCAUGGGAGGAGCAGAUCGGGAAGAGCGGGGGCCGCGGGAAGAGGGGGAAGAGCAGGAAGAAGCUUCCGGAGGAGUGGGCGGCGACGGCCGAGCCCUUCCUCCCGGCGGGCCCCCAGGGGCCGGCGGGGGUCGGGGCGGCCGCGCCCUCCCUCCCCGCCCCGGAGGAGCCGUUCCCGGGUACGGAGGCGGGCGGGAACGGCCGGAGCCAGGCGUUCCAUCCCGAGGAGGGCCUGGUGCCGGACCCCCCGGAGCGGGACCUGUUCUCCUGCCCGGCCCCCCUGCCGGUCCAGAGCAGCGGGCUGAAGGCCACGGCGGCCCCCUUCACCAUGCCCGCCGGCUCCUCCCCCCUGAGCCCCGGCCCCGCCCGUUCUCUCUCUGCCACGCCCCACGAGCACGGCGACGGAGUGACGGGCGACGAGCUGGACGGCGGGCUGUUCGACGCCGGCGGCGUGCUGAUGGCGUCCUACAGCCCCUACCCAAUCCUGACGGACCCCUCCGUCCUCAGCCCCGCCUCCCAGCUCAGCCCCGACCAAUACCUGAAGAUGGGGGCGUCGCCUAGGCCGACCGGCCCCUCUGACAGCUCUUGGCCCGUGGGCGACAGCGGGGACUUGUUCGACCUGGGCGACUACCCGGCCUCCCUGGGGUGCCCCUUCCCCCCGGGCGUGGUCCUGGACGACACCGGCCCCGCCCCCCUGCGGUCCCCCAGAACCAGCGCGCAGGACUGUCGCGGCCCCCCCCGUGAGCGCCCCGACGAGGCCACGGCGAACAAGAAGCACCGCUCCUCCUCCUCCUCCUCCUCUUCCUCCUCCCUGAAGAGCCCCACGUUCGGCGGGCCCCCGUCCAGCUCUCCCCCGCGGGACUGCCCCGCCCCCCUGGCCUCCUCCCCCCAGGCGCCCCUCGGCUCGCCCGGGUCCUACCUGAACCCCGCCGCCAAGCCCUUCUUCCCCGGCCUCAAUGAGCCCCUGGAGGCCCCGGCUGUGGCCCCCGGCGUGACCCCCGUCAUGGAAGACUCUCAGACCCCAGUGAAGUCAGACACAAAGGAAGUCAAGAUGGAGGACAGCAUGGAGGACAAGAUGGACGACGGCAUGGAGCGGCUGGACGAGUACGUCCAGCUGGACGAAGCUGACCGGAGGAGCGUGAGGGUGGAGCUGGCCGCCCGAGAGGAGGAGCAGGAGAAACGCCACAAGUCAGCAGCCGCAGAGGAAAAAGAGACGGAGACGGAGAAGGGGAAACAGGCGGAGAAGGUCGCUGAGAAGAUGGAGGACCGGGUGGAGAAGACACCGGACAAGCCUCCGCCGGCGGACAUGGUGGCCAAAGGGGUGGAGAAGGUGGAGAAGACGAUACACGUGAGCGCCGCGCAUGAGGACCAGGAGACGGUCGUCCUGGAGCCGACCACGCCCGGGGAGAAGGCGAAGGCGGUCGUGGUGACGGAGGUGCCGGAGAAACCGGAAGCAGGAGACGCCAAAGGAACAGAGGUCUCUAAAGCCCCGCCCAGCCCGGAGAAACAGCCAACCACCGCCCUGCUGGACGCUGGCUCGGCCACGCCCGAGAAGCACAGCAACAAGAGCACGGAGGAUCACCAGGUGGAGGACACUAAGGUGGAGAAGUCCAAGGUAGAGGUGACCUCUUUGGAGGACACUAAGGUGGAUAAGUCCAAGGUGGAAGUAACCUCUGUGGAGGACACUAAGGUGGAGAAGUCCAAGGUAGAGGUGACCUCUUUGGAGGACACUAAGGUGGAGAAGUCCAAGGUGGAAGUAACCUCUGUGGAGGACACUAAGGUGGAGAAGUCCAAGGUGGAAGUGACCUCGUUGGAGAACACUAAGGUGGAGGAGUCCAAGGUGGAAGUGACCUCGUUGGAGGACACUAAGGUGGAGGAGCCCAAGGUGGAGGAGCCCAAGGUGCAGGAACCCAAGGUGCAGGAGCCCACCGUCUCCGUGGUGGAGAAGGCGGUGAAGACGGAGGAAGAGGCGCUGACGGAGGAACGACAUGAUGAGGCAGAACCAGAACGCCAGCAGGAAGAGAAGCCGGCCGCCGCAGCGGUGGAAACUAAAGACAAAGCCAAGGAGGAGGUGAAGAAGACUGCAGAGAAGAAGGAGGCGAAGAAGGAGGACGGCAAGGAGAAGGCCGGUAAAGCGGACGCCGUGACCAAGAAGCCCUCAGCCAGACCCCCCACGGGGAGCCUGAAGGAACCUUCCAGUCCUGAGAAGAAGACCAAGCCUGCUGCCACGGCAACCAAACCCCUCCCCGCUACCAAAGCCCGGCCGGUCUCAGCGGCCGCCCCCCCCACCAGGCGCCCCGCCUCCUCCCUCAACACCACCACCACCACCUCCACCUUCAACAACUCCACCUCCAUCUCAGCCCCACUCGCCAAAAAGACCCUCGCUGCCAGGCCGGCCACCGCCCCCACCGCGGGGGCCCCCAAGAGGGCCCCCGGCCGGCCCUCCUCCUCAGUCCCUAGCACCGGCCCCGCCCCGCGGGACGUCCGGCCAAAGACAUCAACAACCACCACAACAACAACAACAGAGAGGCGUGCCCUCGGGUCAAAGGUCACCACCUCACCGGCCGCUCGACCCCCAGCUGGCCCCGCCCCAAACAGGAACGGCACCGCGGCGGCUAGCAAGACCGCUACCGCGGCAGCUAGCAAGACCGCUACCGCGGCAGCUAGCAAGACCGCCGGGGCGGCACGCAUGACGGCGGCCCCCCGCCCUGCGCUCAGCGCGGCCGCCAAGAAGCCCCUGGCCUCUAAGCCGGACAGUAAGCUGGGAGAGGACAGGAAGCCGGGCCCUUUGAAGACCUCAGCGGACCCCCUGAAGCCCCGGACCACCGCCGCCGCCGCCCGCACCGGGGCCCCCAAACCGGCCAGCGCCAGCAUCGCAGAGAGGAAGACCCUUGUGUCCCGGGCCCCCCGCCCAGCCGCCCCCUCCCCCUCCACCGCCAGGACCAGCGCCUCCCGCCCCGGGGCCGCGCCCAGUCCGGACCCCAAGGCCGUCCGCUCCAAGGUGGGCGCCGUGGAGAAGACGAAGGUCCCACACACAGGAGUGAAGGUGUCGUCGACCGCUCAGAGCAAGGCUGCAGCUGCCAAAGACCCCGCUAAAGUUUCCCUAGACUUCAGAAAGCCAGACUUCAGCCACAUCACGUCUCGCUUGGGCUCCAAGGAGAACCUCAAGCACAUCCCCGGGGGCGGGAACGUUCAGAUCCUCAGCAAGAAGGUGGACCUGAGUAAGGUGACCUCCAAGUGCGGCUCCAAGGACAACAUCAAGCACAAGCCAGGCGGUGGCGUGGUGAAGAUCGAGUCUCACAAAGUGAACUUCAAGGACAAGGCUCAGUCCAAGGUGGGCUCCAUGGAGAACCUGCUGGGCACCGCAGGGAAGGGUGACGGGGGCCAGGAGCCGGCGGAGGAGGGCAGCGUACAGGCCCCCUCUGUGUCCGCUGAGCCGGGGCCCCAAGAGGCCCCCGCCGCCGCCGCCCAGGAGAACGGGCUGAAGGAAGGGGGCGCCUGUGGGGGCGAGGGCCUCUGUGAUGCCCCGGUCCUGGACACGCUCAUCCCCGAAACCAGCGUCUAACUCUGCUGUCCCUCUGCCCCAUGUCACCUCCACCACGCCACGCCCCCUCCUCCUCCUCAUCCUCCUCACUCCUUUUCAAUUACCACGUUUCCUGUCUUCCUUCUGCCUGUCUCUCUCUCUCUCUCUGUCUCUCUCUCUCUCACUCUUCCUCUUCUCUUCAACCCUUCUGCUGCAGAUUGAGUCUCUCACGCUCAACCUUGGCCAGAAACCGCUGGACUUGCUCAAGGACCACGGCGCGGCCAGCAUCCUGAACACCUGCUCCAUCCCCCCCCCCCCGGGCCGACGGCCACGCCCUGAUCACCUGCUCCUGCCCCCCCCGGGGAUUCGGCCACGCCCUGAUCUCCUUUUCCUCCCUCAUUCAUACUGUCCCGGCUGUUCCCCGAUCAGCUACGAUCAUCAACACCCCCCCUCGGCUCCAUCAGCCCCACGCCGCGGCCCCCAGUGACUUCCUCGCUACACACUGCCUCGAUGCGGCCCCUAGACCCUCCCCCCCCCCCCCCCCCAUACUCCUCAGACCGGGGGUGGUCCGAGUGAUGGAGCUGGAUCCAAACCCUCCCCUGUUUUAGCUUUCCUGUCCCGUUACCCUGGUGAUGUUGAGUCAUAUUGAUGCCCCCCCCCCCCCCCCCCGUAUUAAUGCCCCAGCUCCACUGCUCCGCGUUGAAGUCGAUCCGUCGGCCUGAGCAGCCGACCUCCUCCUCCGUGCUCCCGUGUGUGCCCUCAUCACAUAAUCUCCAUCGUCUUCAUCAUCAUCAGGCGCUUUCGGUUUAACUGCAGCAGAUCUGCCUCCCUCUGUCCUGUCCUGUGGUACCCAUAAUCACAGCUUACCUUGUCCUGACUUUAUAGGCUUGAGUUUGGGGCUGGAGGCGAUGCGUCAGCCGCCAGAGCACCGUAGAAGGUCUCCUCCUGUAGUCAGUGGGGGUGGUCUGCAUGUUACCUGUGCUCUGACGCAAACCGUCAUGCCGAUAGCUUCGCUGCCUCUCUGACCGCCCACAUGCAGAGGACAACUCUCCUAGGCUCUCUCCCUCUGAGCGGCCAGGGCCGACGUCAUAUAACCAUAGCCUCUCCUUGACCUUUAACCUCGGGAGGGUGAUGUGACCCCAGUAACCGGUGACCCCUGUCUGCAAGCUGCCUGUGUGCUUUGUGUUUCAACGCUCCGUUUGAAUCCAUUCCCUCCGAGUCCGUCGUUCUCCCUAGAGGAGAGCUGUGCUACACGCUACAAACAAAACAACAAAAACAUGAGAAAAAACCCAGUUACCAAGUUAGGCUGUGUGACCUUUAGGGCGAUGUUCUGUGUUUGUGAUGACGUGUUUGAGUGAAUAAUACCUUAACGCUGAUGGUAGCAUCUUGUCUUCUCUUUGUUAAUCUGGUUUCCUUUUUCUUAAUAUGUUUCUGUUUGAGAGGAGGUGUUUCUUCAUGUUGUGUUCCUGUACAAUAUUACGGCUGCUCCUUCGACGUUAACGCACUUAAUAUCUCCUGAAUCACGCACAGGACUUUGAACUCAAGGCAGACGAGAGAGAGAGGAGGAGGGAAACAGAAUGUGACAAGAGGGAACAGUAAAAUGAAAAAUGGCCAAAACUAACUUCUGAAUGGGUCUUUGGUCACGGCCUCAUUUAAAAUGAUGCAACAGCGACGGAUGUUAAUUACCCAUCAACGAUCUUCUACCAGUUCAGUCACCGUACAUCCUAGCAUCACAAUGACGCACAGAACGUCUUUGUGUUUCAAAAGAGUCUGCGUUUGGUCAAAGAAGAAAGCGUUGCAAGUCUAGGACGUGUAAGGGAAGGACAAAGUUAAGUCGAGUGGAGAACCUUUCUAUGGUGUAUGGAUGAUGUCGUGUAGGUCGGUGGAGACGCUCUGAAGUCAAAUGGUGUCCCCUUGUGCCUAGAAUGUCAUUGCUUCCUAAAGUCCCCCCCACUGUGUCGGCAGAGUCAGGGACGAGGUGUAAUCCGCUAGUCAUUGGGAGUCUGAGCUCAACUGAGCUCUUACUGUAGACGUAUUUAUGUAUCCAGACAGAUGCGUAGACGGACUAGACUGUAGUUGUAUGGUAUCGGCGCUGGAAAACCCAACUAGGUUAAUCCUCGUAUUUGUUCAGCAAUGUAUUCGAUGCUUUCUCUAAUUGCCUUCGUGAUGCAUGGCCAGAGUCUACUGCUACGCCCAGGUAACCUAGUGCUACACCUGCUAACCUAGUGCUACGCCCACUAACCUAGUGCUACACCCAGGUGAUCUAUUGCCACGCCCGCUAAUGUAGUGCUACACCCAGGUGAUCUAGUGCUACACCCAGGUAACCUUGUGCUAUGCACGCUAAUCUAGUGCUACGCCCAGAAGCAGCUAAUGUGCAAAGCGACUUGCAGCGUUGUGGCAAAGUUAUGUAUAGCCAUCUUUGGGAAAAAUAUUAAACGGUUAUUAUAGCUGUGUUUCCUCGUUCAAAUACUAAAAGUCAGGACGCGAACAAAAGAGGGAGAACUCUGUCUUAUCAUAGUCCUGAACGACCAUCACGGUCAUUCUGAACUUUUCUAUCACGGUCAUUUUAACAAAUUUGAAUUACACGCGUGGCAGCCAUUACCUUAUCACUGUUUUACACGGACAUCAAAAUGGAGUCUCAACCUCCAGCUGUUUGAUAACAUAAUGGUCCACGUGGUAAUUAUGGUGGGGUCAUGUCGUUAUACUAAGCCCUAAUAUAACGUAUUUUAAUCUACAUGGACACUUGUAACUGCACCUUAAUGAUUAUGAAUGAAGGUUAGCUUGGAGAAGUCGUACAGGAAUAUAACAACGUUCAAAAUAUUAUGACUAAUUGCAAGUUUAUUUUUAAUCACUAUUUUUAUUUUUGCCUGCUUUCCUCAACCGAGCAAUAAGUGAAAUCACUGUCGCCUCCCCGUUCCUCCAAUUGGAUAAAGUUCAGGGUCAAGUUCAUGUUUGCUUUUGACCGCAAAACUUGUCUCCUUUUAUAUUGAGUCAAUUCAGAGAGCGAAUCGAUUUGGCAGUAAAUCAGGUUUACUUAUUACUUAAUGAAAACGGGCAGUUUCUUGUGCAAGUGAAACAUGUUAACGCGGUGGUCCUGGUAAACCUUGUGGUGUGCUCCUGUCAGGUCAUGGUGGUCCUGGUAAACCUUGUGGUGUGCUCCUGUCAGAGUUCAUCUAGGAUUCGGUCUCCGCCCUCCUCGUCAGAUUGCACAUGGAUGUAUAUAGAUGUGUUAUGAUUUGUGCGUUCGACUUUGCCACAAGGAACAAAAAUAUGAACAAAACAACGAUGACAGACAAAAAUAAUUACACGGUUGUUAACGAAAGUGUGUCCAUGUAACUUAAACGGUUUUGUGAUGUUUUAUGAUGACUUUUCUGACUACAAAUGCCACACUUACUAUUACGGCAGAACUAUUAUUAUUUCUGAGCAAAUCAGCCUUUUAUUGUAGUUAAGAGGCUGCUGAAAUGAAACAAUGUCUUUGAGAUGUAACGUACUCGAGACGCGCCCGUAUUUAUCGAUGUGCACCAGUAGUCUGUUGGUGGUGACCUGACGUCAGACGUCUACAGAAAGCAGGGCGAGCUCAUGCCCAUGCUCAAGCUUCUCCAGAACCUUUUGGCGGCCUCUAGUGGCCAAGGAAGACGCAUGCUACUAAACAUAAUUUAAAUGGCUAAUCAGUAUUUGUUGAAUUGUCCACAUUAACGCACCAAACUGUGUUUUUUAUUUCCUUGAAAACCGCUAACUGAAACGUUUAAAAUAUGUCUUCAACAUGACGGUUUAAAAAACUCCACCAAUUCCGGCUAAUGCUCGAUAAAACCUGUUGGUCAAGCGGACGCUAUGUGUCGGGGGUUAUAUGGUGAGGCACACAAGGGGAUUCUUUGAGGGGAAUGCAUUCAGCGUAAUGGGAAAGCCCCAGUGCACGCAUACUGGGGUUAACCUGACGAUGGUGCAACAUUACCGCACACCUUGCUCACGGGUCGACGCCACGCCAACAAAAGUUCUGAAACACGACUGCUGGCAUUUGUAUUAGCACCUGCUCCUUCCCCCCUCUGUAUCCAAACGUGCAAACUAAUGAAUCCUAAAGCAUCGCAAUGGGGAACGCAGACUUUUAGCUUUUCUUUGUUUUCAUUGAUUUUGAAUUAUUUUGUUUGAGAAGUGUUUAUUGUGAUUACUUGUUCAUUAGUGAUGUGAUUAUUAAACAUGGAAUAAAAGAGAAAAAAAAAUUCCCAAAA